CAAUCUUGCAGAACAUUACAGGUUUCUCAGAAGCAGAGGAAAGUUGAAAAUUAUGACUCGUAAGACUACGCCUAAUUAUACAUUGAAGUUUAUGCUUACUUUGUGUGGUAUUUGGCCAGGUACGUCAUGUAUUUUGUUCUACAGAAUAUUUUGGAUUGUUUCAAUGCCAAUUACUUUAUUCUGUCACUUACGUUAUUUUGUAACGCAUGUACAUUCCGCCGAAAUUUUGGACUUGAUGGACUGCCUGUCCAGCUUCCUUGCAUAUUCCAAAAUAAUUAUCAAGUUCUUCAUAUUCUGGUUGAAUCAGCAAAAAUUCGUCGAAAUUUUGACAGAGAUGACAGAAGAUUGGAAUGACUGUGCUAAUAGUGACAUCGGCAUGCGCGAGACAAUACACAAAGCAAAAAUAUCAGAUCGUAUUACGAACGCGGUUAUCUCUCUUCACACUGUAACAAUUAUUGCAUAUUGCAUCGGUAUCAUUUUAGCCGAUGUCGACGUCACUGAGACGACAGAAUUGCCCUUUUCUACCAAAAUUGACAUUCCUUUUGAUAUAAAAACACAGUCCAUGUACAGAACUCUUUUAAUAACGGAAUUUUUGCAUAUGAUUCUUUGCGCCUGGGCGGCUGGUAUAACAAAUUCUUUAUUAUUAACACUAGUCUUACAUACGGCAGGUCAAAUUGAAAUUAUGCGUUACUUGAUACAUCUUAUUCCUCAUAAUAAUGAAAAUAAACAUAAAUCUAUCACUGCAAGCAAAAUUAUUCAAAAACAUCAAAGAAUCAUCAAUUUUUCAAAAAAUAUUGAAAGUCUUUAUUCAUAUAUUGCAUUGCUCCAAUUUGUGUCAAACUCGAUAAUGAUAUGUUCGAUAGGUUACCUUAUCGUAACAGCAAUUGGAAGUCCUAAUGCGAUAAAACAAAUAAUGAAGUCAUUUUUAUUUUACACUAUAACAAAUCUUGAAGCGUUUAUAUUUUGUUACGCUGGAGAAUAUUUAAAUAACAAGAGUGAGGAAAUUGGUAUCGCAGUGUACAAUUGUGAAUGGUAUAAUUUAAAAUCUGAAGAAAGUCGCGUUUUAUUGUUUAUUAUGUUACGAUCACAGAAACAGCUGACACUCACAGUUGGAAAGAUGACGGAUCUCUCACUAAAAACAUUUACAAGUAUUAUGAAUGCUUCGGGGUCAUACUUGUCAGUGCUGUUAGCGAUGCAAUAA